AUGCAGUCUGGCUACGGCGGCGUGUCCGAGUUCCAGCAGUUCAUCAUGGACGGCGGCUUCGCCAUGUCCGCGCCGCCGCCGCCGCAGCAGCAGCCGCCGCCCCAGCCCGCCGCCGCCCAGGAGCUGGGCGGGCCCUUCAGGUACCAGCCGCUGCACCACCAUGCGCUGCCGCCGCAGCACCACCACCACGCGCUGCACAUGCCGCCGCACUUCGCCCACUUCGGCGCCGCGCCGCCGCCGCCCUUCACGCAGCAGCUGCUGCACCAGGCGGUCGCCGCGGGGCACCACCACCUCCAGCUCUUCCACGAGCAGCAGCAGCAUCACCACCACCACAAGCCCCAGCCGCCGCCGCAUCAGCAGCAGCAGCAGCAUCACCACCAGCCGCCGGCGAGAUGGGCACCGCAGCCGCAGCAGCGCAGCAGCACCACCACCACCACCACCUCGGAUUUGACGUCGAGGCCGCCGUGCCGGAGAGCUCGGGGGCGGCGGGCGCCGGGAGCGCCGCGGCCUCGGGCGCCGCCGCCCCUCCGGGCGUGCCCCCGUUCUUGGCAGCCGCCAUGA